AUGCCCCCCCAACACCAACCCCCACCCCACGUUCAAUCCCUCUUCACCUCCAUGGCCACCUUCGUGACCUCCUGCAUGUCCGCCCACGAUCCCUCCCACAACCCAGCACACGUCCACCGCGUCGUCGCGCUGGCCCGCACAAUCCUCGCCGCCGAACAAGCCCUGCACCCAUCCACACCCUACGACGCGACGCUCGUCUCGCUCGCCGCCCUACUACACGACAUCGGGGACCGGAAGUAUCUCACGCAGGUGGCGGCCGCGUCGGCGGAAGGUGCCGGCGCAGGCACCGCCGCGAUCGAUCCCGCGCGGAUGGUGCAGGAGGCGCUGCUGGCGCACGGGGCGGAUGCGGAUCUGGCGGCGAAGGUGCAGACCAUCGUGACGCAUGUGUCGUAUACGAAGGAGGCCGCGGACCCGGAGCGGGUGCGCCGGUUGAUUGAGGAGGAGGGGGUUGUGGAGCUGGCGAUUGUGCAGGAUGCGGACCGGUUGGAUGCGCUGGGGGCGGUGGGGAUCGGGCGCUGCUUUACGUUUCUGGGGGCGCAGGGGAAGAAGAUGGUCGGGCCAGGGGGUCAGUGGGAGAUGGAUAAUGCGAUCCAGCACUUUGGGGAGAAGUUGGAGCGGUUGGAGGGGAUGAUGAAGACGCAGACGGGGAGGGAGAUGGCUCGGGUGCGCACCCAGCGGCUCGUGGAGUUUCGAAAGUGGUGGGAGGAGGAAAUGGAAAUAGCAAAGGGGACUCUAGAAUGA